AUGUCCGCCGUCCCGGCCUGGAAGCGAUUGGGUCUCAAGCUCAAAGGAUCUGCUGGUGACAGUCCUGCGGCCGCCCCCUCGACGACAACAAGCACGCCAUCCGCCACCCGUCAGCCAGCUCCCGCGACCAGCGCACUCAAGAGGAAACUGCCAUCCCAGCAACAGUCCUUCAACAACCAGAACAACUACCCUACACAAAACAAGCGAUUCCGUUCCGAUAACGCACCAGCAGCACAGAGAAAGUCCGUCUCCUUCUCCCAAGAAACCAAGACCACCUCCACCACCGACGCCGCCGCCAAGGAGAAGAAGCGCGAGAAGAAGAAGGCCAAAAAGGCCAAGCAGGCCUCCAAAAAGUCCGCCGAACAGUCCAAGAAAUCCAAGUCCGACACCAACCUCGAGCCCUCCCUCGCCUACCUGCGCCAGUGGCACUCGGCCCGCGACCAGUGGAAGUUCAACAAGAACCACCAGACGCUGCUGAUCAAGUACGUGUUCGAGUCCGACAAGAUCCCCUCGGCCGACGUGCCCCUCUUCUACCAAUACAUCCGCGACCUGAAGGGCUUUGUGCGCACGCGGCUGCGGGAGCAGGCGCAGGAGAUCAAGAAGAAGGAUAUGGAGGCUGGCGCUAGCGCGUUCCCCGGUGGGGACAAGGCGAAGGAGAAGAACGAGGAGAGGCAGAAGCAGUAUGAGGAUGCGAUUGCGAGGUUCUUGGACGACCAGAAGGAACGGACGCAAGAGAAGAGCAAGAAGCGCAGCUUUGACGAGGUCGAGUUUGUCUCGAGGAUAGCGCCCGGCGGCAGCGGCAGCGGCAGCGGCAAGAAGGAGAAGAAGGACAAGAAGAAGAAGGAGGAGACGAACGACAAGGAGGGUGCGGUGGACAAGGAUGUCAAGGAGCGCUUGAUCAAGCGGAUUCGUGCCGAGAUGGUGCUAGAGGAGCUGGCGGACUCUGAGGACGCUACUUCCACCACCGCUACCACCACCACUACUACCACCACUUCUACCUCUGCUUCUACCUCCACCGCCGCCGCCGCCGCCGCCGCCGCGCCUGCUCCUCAACCACAAACCGCCAGGGCCUCGACAGACGGUCAACAACCCGCUAAGCGCCGCAGGUUACGUAACAAGCGUACGGAUAUCAGCGACAGCGAGAGCUCGGACUCUUCGGACAGUGAUAGCAGUGACUCCGAUUCUGACUCGGACGAGGAGAUGGCCGAUGCGGGAGCCAAAACAGCCACCACCAGCACUUCCUCAUCCUCCUCGUCGUCGUCGUCGUCUUCGAGCUCAGAGGCGGGGUCUUCUGAGUCGGAAAACGAGAAGAGCGAUAGCUCGGAAAGCAGCGACAGCGACAGCGACUGAGCUUUGGUUCUGUAAUUUAGAGGAGUUAUAUAUUCUUGUUUAGACGUACGUUCGGUUGGGGUUAGAGUCAAAAGCUUUUCUGUACAUUCUUGGUUUUUUUGGGGUGGUUAUAAGUAGGUACUGUUGUUUACAAGAGAUGUUCACAUACAUUACAUAGGAAUGAAUGGAUAGUAUGGUACGUAUGGAAUGAGAAACGUAAAAGA